UCUCUCUCUACUGAGACUCGGUCUUCGUCUCUGUUUCGGAGUUCAGUAACAUUACCGCAACGAUCUCGUGCCCUACUAAAUCUCGGCACCAAACCCAACUGACCACCCCCAUAUAUCUGCCAAACAAUCCGAUUCUUCUCCCACCGUCCCUCGAAUCAUGCACGUUCGCCGCUACUCCUCCGAUUCAAUCGUCGGGAUUCGUAUAUGUUGGUGAAGCUGAAGAGAGAGAGAGAGAGACAGCGGACUGACUCGUUCCUCAGUGACGAGAAACAGGGUCUUCGAAGAUGGAGUUCCAAGAAGCCGUGAUGAAGCUGACGACCCACAAGACCCACAAAAGGAACGGCGGCCCAAAGCUCAACAGGUGGACCGUCAUCUCUUUCCGCAAGUCGCCCAAACCCAGCAAGCCGAAAACCGACCAUCGUCCUCGGGAGGCCAUGCCCGACGAGUUCCUGUGCCCUGUUUCGGGGUCUCUCAUGGCCGACCCGGUCAUCGUCCCUUCCGGUCAUUCCUUCGAGCGAGCCUCCGUCGAGGCCUGCAAGUCCCUCGGCUUCGUCCCGCCGGGUCUAGUCGCCGACGUCACCGCGCCGGAUUUCUCCACUUUGAUCCCCAACCACGCCCUCAAGUCCACCAUUCUCAGCUUCUGCAGGAACCGUUCUCUGCCUCCCCCAAAGCCUCUCGAUUUGGCGUCCGCUUACAAGCUCGUCGCCGAUCUAAUGUCCACGCAUACCCACAAGACGCAAAAGAAACUCGCCCACAGUACGAUUGAAGAACGACGAGACUCGGUCCGCGAAGAAAGAGAAAUGCGAGGGGCGAAAACAGAGUCUUCUCGGAGCCAUCAUGACGACCCGCCAACAGCAACUCAUUCCUAUUCGAGCUCCGACGACUCGGUGGCGACCACCACCGCCUUCGAGUCGACCCCUCCGCUCCAGCUGGCGGCCCGCCCGAGCUGCUGCUGCUCGUCGUCGUGCUCCUCCUCCGAGUUCGAGCCGUCGAACCCAGAGGAGGAAGAGCUCCUCGCGAAGCUCAAGAGUCCGUUGGUCUUCGACGUCGAAGAGGCGGUCAUCGCGCUCAGGGACGUAACUCGGACGAGCGAAGAGAGCCGAGUCCCGCUGUGCACGGCUCGCUUGCUCUCCUCCAUCAGGCCGCUCAUCGUCUCCAAGUACUGCGCCAUCCAGGUCAACUCGGUGGCGUCUCUGGUCAACCUGUCGCUCGCGGUGGUCAACAAGGUGAAGAUCGUACGGUCGGGGAUCGUCCCCAACCUGAUCGACGUGCUCAAGGGGGGUUUUCCGGAGGCAGCGGAGCACGCCGCCGGCGUGCUCUUCAGCUUAGCUCUCGACGACGGCAACAAGACGGCGAUCGGCGCGUUGGGCGCACUGCCACCGCUCCUCCACGCGCUGCGCUCGGAGAGUGAGCGGGCCCGGGGCGACUCGGCCUCGGCCCUGUACCACCUCUCGCUCGUGCAGAGCAACCGGGUCAAGUUGGUGCGGAUCGGGUCGGUCCCGGUCCUCGUGGGGAUGGUCAGGUCGGGCCACCUGGCGGGCCGGGCCCUGCUCGUGUUGGUCAACCUGGGCUUGUGCGCCGAGGGCCGGGGCGCAAUGAUGGACGCGGGCGGGGUGGAGUGUUUGGUCGGGUUUCUGUCGAGGGCGGCCGACUCGACUCGGGACAAUUGCGUGACGGCGCUGUACGUGCUGAGUCAGGGCGGGCUGCGGUUCAAGGCGUUGGCGAAGGCGGCGGGAGCGGCGGAGGCGCUGGAGAAGGUGGAGAGCGGGAGGUGGAGGGCUAGAGAGAUGGCGAGGAGGAUGGUGGAGAUGAUGGGCGAGAGGAGAGGGGAGAUUGACGGGGAGGAUGUGGAUUGGGAGAAGCUGCUCGAGGCGGGGACGCCGAGUCGGUGACUCGGUGGCGGGGCGAGCUAGCUUCGGCAUGAACUCGGUCGAGUUGUUGAUUUUAUUUUUUAUUUUUAAACUUUUGGAAUUUUGUCUAUGGUGUCUCUCUUUUCU